AAACCCAAAACCCAAAAACUGGGCUCGCGUUUUGAUUCUUUCCUGCAGAGAAGAGGAACGGAGCACUAAAACCCUAAGCGGACGUGCCCCAAUGAAUUAUGUGGAAGAUGAUAUCUCUUCGGGCUCUGGAGAUGAUAUGAACACAGUAGAUGGACAUAACAAGCGGCAGUCUAUGACGCCAUCAGGUUCUGCUCAGCGCAAGAGAAGUCGUAAGGCUACUGGUGAUGCUAUAGUGGAUGCUAUGCUGGAAAUAGCAGCUGCUUCAAAGAUGAGAGCAUCUACAAUUAUGAGGAAUGAUGACCGCUUUUCUAUAAACAAAUGCAUAAAAGUAUUGGAUGAGAUGCAAGGUGUUGAUCAACAAAGUUACUUUUCUGCCUUGGAUUUAUUUGAGAACUCUAGUGCCAGAGAAAUCUUUAUUUCCCUUAAGAGUGAGAAACGAUUGCUAUGGUUGCAGGGAAAGUGUAAUUCUUUGUCUGGUUAGAUAGUUUAAUGGAAGUCACUGUACGUUUUAGUCCUAACAUUUGGUUUUGGUCCAUACAACCAUAAUGCUGCCUAGAGCUUCUAUGCUUGUAAUUAGUUUGACUCCGACUGUUUCAUUCAAUUUACUAAUCUUAAAUAAUAGUUUGAGGCUUCAAUUUUAUUCAUUGUCCUUCGUAUUUAGCUUUGGAGAGGCAUUCAGCACGGGUGAUUUGUUUUUAAGAAUGAUUCAGUGUGAAUAUAACUGAUAAUUUGCAUUAUGUUUUCGAGGAUACAUGCUUUAUUUGAUUAUAUUUUGCAGAUAAGUGUAGUAGCAUGGAUUACAUUGACUUGGAAUUGGACGAGAUGGAAUUAGCUGCAGCGGCUGCUGGCUACUAUUAUUAUAAUACUACAACUAAUUAGGCUGUUCGUAGUUCAUCACCUCAUAGAAGAGGAUAUCUGAAUGAAGUAUCUUUCAUAAU